GGGGGCGCGGCCGCUCCCCCCGGGCCGGAGCGGAGCCGCGGCCGCGGGCGGGCAGCAGCACUGCCACGGCCUCCUACCCAGCAGAGCUGCUCCCCAGAGCCAGAGGGAUGGUGGUAGUCACGGGGCAGAGCAAAGCCAGUGCCACCCCGGAUGAUGCCAUGUCGAGCUCGGAUGCAGAGGAUGAUUUCCAAGAGCCGGCCACUCCCACCGCCACCCAGGCAGGACAAGCGCUACCUCUGCUGCCCCAGCAGUUCCCAGAAGUUGUCCCACUGAACGUGGGGGGGAUGUUCUUCACCACCAGGCUGUCGACGCUGCGCAGGUACGAGGACACCAUGCUGGCAGCCAUGUUCAGCGGCAGGCACUACAUCCCCACGGACGCUGAGGGCCGCUACUUCAUCGACAGGGACGGCACCUACUUCGGAGACAUACUAAACUUCCUACGAUCUGGUGAGCUGCCCCCCCGAGAGCGAGUGAGGUCAGUGUACAAGGAAGCUCAGUAUUAUUCCAUAGGACCCUUGCUAGACAAUCUAGAGGAUAUCCAGCCUCUUAAAGGAGAAAAAGUUAGACAAGCUUUCCUGGGCCUAAUGCCAUAUUACAAAGACCACCUGGAGCGGAUAAUCGAGAUCGCCAAGCUGCGAGCCAUGCAGAGGAAGGCCAGGUUUGCCAAGCUCAAGGUGUGCGUGUUCAAGGAGGAGAUGCCCAUCACUCCCUACGAGUGCCCCCACUUCAACUCCCUGCGCUUCGAGCGCAGCGAGAGCGAGGCCAAGCUCUUUGAGCACCACUGCGAGGUGGACGUGUCCUUCGGGCCCUGGGAGGCCGUGGCCGACGUCUACGACCUCCUGCACUGCAUCGUCAGCGACCUGUCCGCCCGCGGCAUCACCGUGGAGCACCAGUGCAUCGGCGUCUGCGACAAGCACCUCAUCAACCACUACUACUGCAAGCGCCCCAUCUACGAGUUCAAGAUCACCUGGUGGUGACCGGGGGGCACAGCCAAGGACCACGGGACUCCCCGAGGACAAAUGUGGUUUCAGGGUCACCUGGUGGUGAGUUUGGUGGCACAUCGAGGGGUGAGAGGACUCCUAAAGGACAAACGUUCUUCCAACAUUGCCUUGUGGUGAGUGUGGUGGCACCACAAGAGGUGAAAGGAUCCUAAAGGACAAAUGUUCUUUUAAGAUUGCUUUGUGGUGAGCGUGGUGGCUCUGAGGGGUGAAAGGAUCCUAAAGGACAAAUGUUCCUUCACGAUAACCUUGUGGUGAGUUGUGGUGGCUCUGAGGGGUGAAAGGACUUAUAGAGGACAAAUGUUCUUUCAAGAUUGCUUUGUGGUGAGCGUGGUGGCUCUGAGGGGUGAAAGGAUCCUAAUGGACAAAUGUUCUUUCAAGAUCACCUUGUGGUGAGUUGUGGUGGCACAUCAAGGGGUGAAAGGACUUCUAGAUGACAAAUCUUCUUUCAAGAUCUUCUGGUGAGUUGUGGUGGCACAUUGAGGGGUAAAAGGACUCCUAAAGGACAAAUGUUCUUUCAAGAUCACCUUGUGGUGGCACAUUGAGGGGUAAAAGGACUCCUAAAGGACAAAUGUUCUUUCAAGAUCACCUUGUGGUGGCUGACUAAGGGGUGAAAGGACUCCUAAAGGACAAAUGUUCUUUCAAGAUCAUAUGGUGGUGAUUUGUGGCGGCACUGAGGGGUGAAAGGAUCCUAAAGGACAAAUGUUCCUUCAAGAUAACCUUGUGGUGAGUGUGGUGGCACAUCAAGGGGUGAAAGGACAUCAAGAUCACCUGCUGAUGAGUGUGGUGGCACUUAAAGGACAAAUGUUCUCUGCAGCUGCCUUGCUGCUCACAUUCCUUGGGAUCAGCCUGCUGGCAGGGGUUGGGAAAACCUCUGGAAACUUGAAAAACCAGCCUGAAAUCAGACUGUUGGCUCAGGUACCUUAACGAGGCACAAAACAAAAUCACCUCAAGCAAAGGAUGGAGGGGAGUGGCUGAACAUCUGCUCAAAGGUGCCACCAACCACGUGGCUUCAGGAUGGAAUUGCAGAUUUUUCCUGCAUUUUUGGGAAUCUGGGGUGCUACUAAAGCUGACGUUUCAGUUUUACCCUCUUAGAAAUGUUUUAGUUCCUCCUUCAGCUUUAUAAAGUUUGAGUCACACCCAACACAAAGAUCUGGAAAUGUCAUUUUGAUGUACUAGAUAAUUAAAAAAAAAAGGAAUAUUCCUUAUAUAUUAUUAAUUGUUGUCAGGGUUAAGCUGUAUUUCUUUUUUAAUUAAGAACAUACGUUGUGAAUUAUAAUGUUGUACUUCAAUUAUUUCUGUUGUUAUCAAAAGGAAUAGCAGAUCUGGAAUAUAUUCCUUAAUGCUUUUAGGAAUAAUAACUGUUCAUGGAAGACUUGUGCCUGUUUUUAGCCUUAGAAAUUUUAAAUGUUUACAAUAUUUACAAAAAAAAAGCUCUUUAGAAUCAGGUCAUUUGCAAAGGCUUUUGGUAAAUGAGAAAACCCUGUCUGUAUGUUCCUAUUAGCAGUAGUAAGAGGAAUAUUUAAUGUAUAUUAUUUUAUUACUGACUCUUUUUACAUUCUGUGAUAUUAAACUUUAUUUUAGACUUAAAGUCAGAUGAUAUUUUCAGACAAUUAAAUCUUAAUUUUAUCCUUCUUCUUGACCCUUCUUGGUGUCAUAGAAGGAAAAACAAAAUUCAAACUUCAUAUUCAGAUACUUCUCCACUCUAAAACAGUAGGAAAUUCCUUUCCAUGCUGGAAGAGUCAGCCACUGCAGAAUCAUAUUUUCUUCAUUUUUGUACUUCUGACAUGAGCAACCACAUCCCAAAUUUUAACUACUGAAUUCAGCCAAAAACUGAGAGGGAGAAAAGUCUGAAAAUCUUAUUGUUUUGUGAGCUACAGAAAACCCCAAUCCCCUUGAAGGGGCUUCAAAAUAAUCUUAAAGAGAAAGAAAAAGGAAAUAUUUGUAUAUUGCAUUCCAUUGGAUUAAUUAAAAAUCUAAUUACUGAUAUAAUUAAAGGUUUUGUAGCUCCAUUUUACCCUGGACAAUUUAUAGACCCCGCUGGCUUUAAGUUGUGGUUGGCAUUACUGAGCCCUGGAGAUGUUUUUAGGUUUUCACACACUGCACACAGGACCCAAGAUAAUUCUAAAUUUUGGGUUAUGAAAAAAAAAAAAAAUCCCUCCAGUCUUUGAUUAUCUUUCUGCAAAGAAGCUGAUUUCAGAGGAUAAUUCCAUCUCCUGUAUAUAGUUCUCUAACUGGAAAUCACUUUCCAGAGCAGCAGUUCAUAGUUCAUUUUACUUACACGAGCUUAGUAUCAGUUUACCUCCACUUUCACUGUGACUUUUAUAAAUGGAUUUUGUUUUGCUGAAUUAUAAAUUGUAUGUGUCUAUGCAUUGUAACCCGUAAUGCCUUUGAAAAUCCAGCCUGGAUGCUAACGAUCAGGGUUUGGAAUUAUCUCCAAAUGUGUUUUGUUAAUAAUUAUGUUGAUGUGUGAUGUUCAAUACUGUGAGUACUGCAGUGUAUUAUUUCUUAAUACUUUUGACUUUUCAGUUCAGGUAAUAUAUAAUCUGUAUGUUUUUUAUUUAAAACACAUAGAAGAAAACGUGGAUAUAAAGGUUAUGUUGUGCAAUAAAUUAUGAUACUGAAAAUUUGGAA